AUGGCACUAUACGAGGCUCUGUAUGGUCGUAAGUGCCGUACUUUUUUGUGUUGGACUGAGCUGGGUGAACAUCGAGUUUUGGGUUCUGAGACUGAGGAUAAGGUUCGACUGAUUCGGGAUCGUCUAAAGGCGGCUUUUGACAGAAAAAAGUCUUAUGCAGAUCUAAAAAGGUUCGGUCUUAAGGGCAAGUUGAGCCCUAAGUUUGUUGAGCCUUACCGAAUUCUGAAACAAGUGGGACCAGUCGCUUAUCAGUUGGAAUUACCUCUAAAGCUAGACCGUAUUCAUGAUGUAUUCCACGUCUCGAUGUUUAGGCGUUACUGUUCUGAUCCUACUCAUAUUGUCCCUGUUGAGGAAAUUGAGGUUAGGCCAUAUUUGACCUUUGAGGAGAAACCGGUUCAGAUUCUAGAUCACGAUAUAAAGGUUCUUCGGAAUAAGCCUAUCCCUUUAGUGAAUGUGCUGUGGCGGAAUCAUAGCAUUGCUGAGGCCACGUAG